GGGCAGGAAGAAGCAACAAAAUGCCGAUGGAAUUUUUAGACCGAUUCCCGAUCCCGAGCCUUCGGGUCUACACGACUAUCAGUUUCGGCGUCCUAUCCUGUUCGGUGUUCUACGCUGCUCAAAUUAUCAAGGAUCCUGGUUGGAAAAGUAAUCACACGUACGUGGAGACCGAAACGGAUACCAUAGCCGGCGAUGUCGAGUCCGAUCCAAGGAAUCUUGGAAUGCAUUUGAAGGAACUACUUGAAUGCAUGCUCGAUGAGCCGAUCUGCAUCUGGACUGCGGAUCUUUAUGCAUUUAUAGAAAAUUUGAAGGCGCAAGAAACUACAAAAUGCAAACAAUAUACAAGAAUAUAAAAAAGAUUGAAAAUAAAGUUCAUGUUAUAACAUUUGCAGAAUAAAAUAAAUUCUUAUUUAGGUUCAAUUUUUAUAGGGAUGUUCGCGAAUAUUUUAUUUUGCAUAAAGAUCCGCAGUCUAUUUAUAACUUUAGAUUAAGGAGGUAGACACGGGUAAUGCAGCGAGAUGACAUUACCGGCAAAAAUGGGCGUAAAAAGAGGUCCGGGACUUUUCGUUUUUCGUCCUUAUAUGAGAAUAUUUGAGGCUUGGUGAGGGCUCAUUCGAAAGAGGAAGGUACAGUAUGCUUUGGUCAUGAUUCAACGAAAUUUUGUUAAUAUCUACAAUGCCCGAAAUUUCUAUAAAACCACCAAUAUUUUGACGAAUUUUUUAAAAGUAUUAUUAACUUUACUACUUUUUUCUCAUCUACAAUUAUAUUUAAUUGAUACUGAUCAUAAAUCUACGAGUAUCUGCUCAGAAAUGAUUACCUUUUGGGUGUGUUUACAUUUUUUGCUGUACGAAGCAAAAUAUAAGUCCAAAAUUUCUAUAAGGCCACUCAGUUUGUGCUUAGAUUCUGAGUAAAUAAGUCCAGCUAGGUACAAUAAAGGAAGUGAAACUCCAAUAAAAAAAGUAAGUAUUUGCGUAAAAAUUGAUCUGUAAAUUUAUUGAAAUCGUAAUAUAUUAUAUUUUAAUUUCUUACUAGUAAAAUGCCACAAGAACAAUUGUUAACCAAUGAAUAAAAGGCAUCCACUGACGCUUAUAGGGAUAUGGGAUGUUCUAAGCGCAUAAUUGCAAAGAAAAUUAACCUAUCACACACCGUUGUAAAUAAUUACGUAAAUUUAGGAAAAAAUUAUGGUAAAAACCAUUCCAAAGGGGGAAAUCAAAAGCUAACCAAGAGACAGCAUUCAUUUUUAAUGUGACCUGCAUCAAGAGAAUUGAAAAGUGCAGCACAACUUCGCGUUGAAUUAAAUUUGCCAGUAACUACAAGACGCGUACAACAAAUUUAAAAAAAUUCCAAACGAUUCCACUGGACAAUAAUGGUGCAGAACCAGCACUCAAAGCUGAACACAAACAAGCUCGUCUUGAUUUUGCAAAAACACACAUGUCCUGGUCCAAAGAGUGGGAAUUUGUUAUUUUUUCUGAUGAAAAGAAAUUCAAUUUAUAUGGACCAGAUGGUUUUAAAUAUUACUGGCAUGAUUUAAGGAAAGAAAAAGAUAUAAUAAUGAGUUGCAACUUUGGUGGUGGUACAUUAAUGAUCUGGGUUGCAUUUAAAGCUGACGCCAAGACACCAAUCUGUCGCAUUACUCGUAAAAUAAA